AUGCCAAUCAAAUCAAAAAAUCUGAGUGAAAAAGCAGAUGAUGGAUAUAGUUUAUUGUCUUAUUUCAAAGUUUUGCCUGGAUAUUCAGACAAUCGACGAUUAAAAGCAACAUGGGAUUGGAGUUCUAUGGAAGUUGCACAAAAUCUACUUCAGCAGGCCAAAAUCCUAUAUUAUAAUGAUCUGGAUGUUGAUCUACUCGGUCAAGAAAUAAUACAAGACUAUCAAAUUAAAGAAUUUGAUUUAACUAAUCUUCAUCCUGAUACAAAGUAUCUAAUAUGUUUUCGUGUUACUCGUAAAAGAUUUGUUAGUUCUUCAUUAUCAUCAUCACCAUCAUUGUAUAUUCAAAGUAAUGGAACAAUAGCAACAUUAACACCAACAUUUAAAUCAUCUAUUCAUCAUCAGAACAAAACAAAUAACGUAAAUAAUAUAUCUGAUAAUUUAAAAUAUCAACAAAAAAUCAAUAAUCCAAUAAUAUCUUAUAAAAAUAUCUCAUUUUUAAAUCGAUCUUAUCGACAACAAUCAUCAUUGAUUAAUUCAAAAUUCAAUAAUGAAUAUGUUGCUGAAAUGAAAUGUCAAAUAACAUUUACACGAUUUUUACAUUGGACAGCAAUUUUAUGUAGUUUAAUAGGGAUUGUUAUAGCAUUACUUCUAUCAAUUAUGAUAUUUUCUAUUUUGAAAUCACGUGCCUAUAAACUUAAACAAUCUGAAAGAAAAAUGUAUUUUAAUCAAAAAGGUGAAUUAUUAUUAAUUGGACAUAAAAAAGUCGGUAAUAUUCAUGGUGAUAAUGAUGAUAAUGAUGAUGAUGAUGAAGAAGAAAAUAAUUUAUUAAACUCUAAUAAAUUACCUCAUAUCUGUCAUUAUUCACAUUCUCAUGAUCAUCAUCAUCAUCAUCACCAUCAUCAUUACUAUCAACAUCAUCAUCAUCCAUAUCCACAUUCACAUUCACAUCAUCAGCAUCACCAUCAUCAUCAUCAUCAUUUGCCUCAUGAACAUGUUCAAAAUCAACAUAUUCAUUGUCAUUGCCGUUCUAAUUCAUCAAAGAAAACGUCCAUUCGUAAACAGGAACCUUGUAAUUAUAAUAAAAUUAUAUCAUCUUCACCAUUAUCAUUAUCCACUUGUUAUAAAUCAUCAUCAUCACCAACAACAACAACAUCAGAUAAGUUAGGAAAAAUGAAAGAUAAGAAUAUUAAAUUGAAUAUUCCUUCUGAAGUUAAAGAGGAUAAUGAAAUGAAUAUAUCUAAACAACAAUUAGAAGACUGGGAGAAUACACUGAAAAAUAUUGAAACUGAUAAUACAAUAAUAAUUGAAAAAGAUAACAUGCUUAAUUCUAUCACAAAACCUGUUACUUAUAGUAAUAAGACUGAAAUUACAAAUGAUAUUAACUGUAGUAAUAACAACGAUAAUGAAUCAACUAUGAAUAAUAUAAAAAUUCAAAAGACCUCAGAAACUAUUCUUCCUAACUUAAUCAUGGAAAGUAAAAGGACUGUCUCAUUUAAAGAUGAAACUACUACUACUACUACAAGUAGUACAACAAAUACAACAACAAUAAUAACUACUACUAAUAACAUCGCUAAUACAUCUACACUUAAUAAUAACAUUGACUCUAAUAAUGAUAGUAAUAAUAUAAAUGAUGGGAUUCGACUGAAUAGUGUACUACAAAACAAUAAUUCAAUUCAGUUAACUUCAUUGGAUUCACAUAAUGAUGAAUUAAAUAAUAAUGAUUUUAUUAAACCUAUCAGUAUAUCAUUGACAGAAUCCAGUCUUAUUCAUUUCAGACAUCAUAUACCAGAAUAUACUCAAAUGGAUAAUAAUAAUAAUCGAUUACAGAGUAACAAUUCCAGUUCUUAUUUCGAAAUAAAAAGUCCUUUACUUAAAGAAUUUGAACAAAAGUCAUGUACUUCUAUGCAUCCUGUUGAUAAUGAAAAUGAAAACAACAAUAAUACUACAGACGACAAUCCCAAAAUAAAUGAUAAUAGAAUGAUAGAAAUUGUGACAAAUAAACUAAAUACAAAUGAAGUAACAGUUCAAUUACCAAUAUCACCAAAUAAUUCACCCACUAAUACUAUUAGAAAAAACUCAACUGUAUCCAUACCCGACAAUGAUGCAUUACUAAUUGACAUAUCAACAAGUGAUAAUGAUGGAAAAAAUUUCAUUGCAAAUGAUAAAAACUGGUUUAUCACAUCAUCGGGAUCAACAUCGAAUGUAUUAGUAGAUAAAAACGAACAAAAGUCUAUUUUUUGUACACAAUUAAUUGAAACCCUGUGA